UGUCAUUUUUCACUGUAUCUUGUGCUCGCCAGCUCGUAGAAUACGCAUGUUUAAUUGGUUUUUUCUUUCUUUUUUGUUGUUUCAUCUCCAUCGAUCUUUCAGACGUGAUGUGGCGGUGCAUCAAACGCCUUAGACGCGUGGGAGCCUGGUGAAGUCAUCAUUAGACGGCGAAUUUGAAUACCCCUCACUUUCUCCUUGACUCCAACCACCACCAUCGCUAUACCCCCAUCCCGCCGAAUUGCACCAUGAGUCGCGCAUUCUGUAUCCCUGGAAUCGUAUUCCUCUUUUGCGCAUUCGUUCUCAGCUUUUUGACGUCCAUCUCGCUGCCCUAUCUCACUGGGCUUGACAUUGCUCGUACCUCUGUGGCUAACGCUGGAAGGGUUCAAGGUCAGGGUGUUGUCGAGAUUCGACUUGGGAUUUGGGCGGAGUGCGACUACCAGACAAAUGGAGAUCGUACCUGCGGAGAUGCUUCACAUGGAUAUACCUUGUUUAUUCAGAACGCAGCGGGUACGGAGACGGUUGAUAUUGGGAGCUCGUGGACCCGAGGAUUGGCCGUUCACCCCGUUGCGACUGCUGUGACCUUCAUUGCCCUCUUGAUGUCGUUUUCCCAGCAUGUUACUGUCACCUUGUUCGCUUCGCUCACGUCUUUCCUCGCCGCCAUGCUCACCCUCAUCGCAUUCGCCUGCGACAUCGCCCUGUUCGCGUAUCUCAAGCACCAGGUUAACAAGCUCGACGACUUGGAUCCCAGCACCAGAACCGGCCCAGGGUUCUGGCUCACGUUCGUAUCGCUCAUUUUGCUUCUCCUUGCAGGAUGCACGGUGUGCUUUGGCCGUCGUAAGGAGCGCCUAUCUGGUGCUUCUUCCUACCCUAGCUACCCCAUGUCGUCAACCAAGAAGCCAUUCUGGCAGCGCUUCCGCCGCAACUAGAUGCUCCUCCACUCUUUUAGAACAUUGCUAUACCAUUUCCUAUCUCCAGCUCCGUUUAUGAAGCUUUUCUUUGAUUGUUACCCGACCGUAUUUAUUUGAUUCAUCGUUGUUUUCCUGAUUUGAUGUCCAAUACACCUAUGUAUUGCAAUGCCAAAGUUCCGGAGUGAUAACAU